CAACAAGCAUUCCAGCUGUUGCAGGUGGAAAAUGUCCAGUGAAAGACAACGGUCAGAUGAUGAAAGUCCCAGCACCAGCAGCGGUAGUUCCGAUGCGGAUCAGAGAGAUCCUCCGGUGCCAGAACCAGAAGAACAAGAGGAGCGAAAACAACCCACGCCUCCACAACAGCAGAAGAAAUCCACCAAACUGUCCAGCAAAACAACAGCCAAAUUAUCCUCCAGUGCGAAGAGAAUCCAGAAAGAGCUUGCAGAAAUCACUCUGGAUCCUCCACCCAACUGCAGUGCGGGACCCAAGGGUGACAACAUUUACGAGUGGAGAUCCACCAUCCUGGGCCCUCCAGGUUCAGUCUAUGAGGGAGGCGUGUUCUUUCUGGAUAUCACCUUCUCUUCCGAUUACCCCUUCAAGCCACCAAAGGCAAGUGUACCAGGAUGGAACUAA